AUGGCCGCCAGGCAGGCCGCCUGUGAUCCGUGCCGGACCUCCAAGCUCGCCUGUGACCAUCUCCGCCCCGUCUGCACCCGGUGCCGAGCGCGAGGCCGGCAUGGCGAGUGCACCUAUCGCGCAACCCCUUUCAAACGGCGCCGCCAAUCCCGGCCCCUGCUAGAGACGAGUCCGUACCCGAACCCCGGGUAUCAAGGCUUCUCCAGCCAUGCCACGCUCUUUAACCACAUCCCCACAGAUGGGCUUGAGGAAUCCCCUCCUUCCCCAUCUCGACCGGCACGUCUGGAACGGACAUUCUCAACUCCUGGCCCCCAGGCUGCCCAUAGGAGGGCACCUAGCAGUCAGCUCGUCCAUCGUGGGGCUGACACAUUGAUGCACAUGGUGACUGCCUACGGCCUCGACUCACUCAGGCUGCUCGUCACAUUCUGGCUUGAGAAAGGCAUCAACCUCUUCCUCGCCGAGCCCAUCGUACCGCACUGCACCGAGAGUGUCACCACGUUACCCACAUCACAGCUCGGUGCUGAUGAGACUGCCCGCCUCGCCUUGUCGGAACAGCUCUUCACCAACACCGCGAGGCCCCUGGACUCGUCCCAGGCCACCAGCGCAGAUGCAUUCUCGCGGCAGUUCACCGCGGCCAAUACCCGAUGGGAGACCUGGGGACUCUUCUUUACCGCCGUCGGGAGGGCCACCUUUGACGUGCCUUUCCUGCCGCCACUGUACAAGGACAGCGCCGGACAGAUGAGCCUGCGCAAAUUUGCCACUCAGAUGAGUGACAAGUGUCUCGAGUAUUGUCUUACACUGGACUGCAUGAACGACCUGCAGCUCAUGUUGCAAGUGGAAAACUUUAUUCUGCAUUCAAACGUGGACGGCGAUCAGAGCUACGAUGCUUGGCGCCGCCUGGGCGACUGCAUCGCAUCACUCUCCGCCCUGGGCUACCACCAAAAGAUCGAGACCAAAACCCCAGAGGUCCCCUUCUUCCUAGCCGAGUUCCGCCGCACCGCAUUCGCCUACAGUUACUCGGCGGACAAGAACGUCGCCAUCUUCCUCGGCCGCCCCCCACGAAUCAGCCGGCGGUUCUGUUACUUCCAGAGUCCGCUGUUCUAUGAACAUCUCGAACAUGGCGGUGCUGGUGCUGAUGACAGCCUAUCGAAUCACGGUGACCAACUGAGCGCUGAUAUCGACUUUGAGGCUUCGCGGACAUCGUUCUCGUGGAAGACCGACACGGCUAUCACGUACCGUGCGUUUGCCCGCUGGUCAGCCAUGUGUGCAGCUCUCAAGGAGGAGAUAUUGGAGCUUCUGAACGAUAGGAAGGCGCCAGACUGCCUACCAAGAGCAAGAGCCACACAAGCACGCGCACAAGCCCAAUGGGCUGCUCUGCCCGCACACUUCAAGCUCGAAAACAACUCACUCAAGCAGCACCUAGCCGCUGGCCCCUCAGCCACAGCCACGCCAACACCAGCUACCCCGGGAGGCGUAGUCGACAGCAUCGGCCCCCCAACGACGCAAUGCACGACGGCCUUCCAGCGCGACUUUAUCGCCAGCGUGCGCCUGGACUACCUCCACGUGCUGUUCCUCCUGCGUCUACUGUUCAUGAACUCCUUUGCCGAGCCGGACGCCAGCAUGGUCGAGAUCUCUGAGGGGAUCCUGGAGCUGGUGGUGGACAUUGUGCUGGUGAGGGACCAGCUGACCAACUCGGGGACCAAUCUGUCAUGGAAGGUGACAUACUACGGCCUCCCCGCAGUGGGCAUCCUGCUGCUGGCCAUUAUCCGCCGGCACAAGUCUGCUCCCACCACCACCACAAUGAACGAUGCAACACAACCCGCGCCGGCACCGCCAGUUAACCAGAGUAAAGUCCUCCGCCUGCUCAUCGUUCUCGUCGCGGAGCUGGAGACCGGCACGCUCGCCAAGCCCGACGAGCCCAACUAUGGUCUGGUGUCGACGGCGACGGAGACGAUUCAGGGGUUCUUGAACUCUGUGCAGCUCAUGGGC